AUGGCCGUGACUCUGCAGACGCAUCAGUUUGAAGCUAAGCUUAAGAAGGCUAUCCAAGAGGUGAAGCUGUUGCUUGAGGCUCAGAAGACGGCGCGCUUGCCGUCGGCGCAUCAUCACUGCUAUGAGGACAAGUAUCAUUUGGUUGAACGAGUCACCCUCGUGACCUUGGCCUCACAACUGAACUGCCUCAGCACUUUGGGGCUGGGAAGGGAUGUUCUGGCGCAAGCACGCCAGUGGGCGCAAAGUUCCCAAGUUUCCUUUCGCUUCAGGUCGCAGGAGAAAUGCACUUUUCUGCGGGAAGAGACACGAAGAGUCGAAGAUCCGACCAAGGUUGUCAACGAAGUCUCAGUUGGCGGCUUGUCGAUGGGCCUCACCAGCAAGACGGUCACCAAAGUGACAGAGUUUAUUUGGAAGUUUGAAGUCAGUUACGAGCUGGAGCUCAUCCGCGGCGUCGGGGCCGAUGCCUCGGAGAAACGCCUCCUGCAGCGUCGCAACAGCAGCGAAGAGAUUACCACGGGCAGCAAAGUGCUCCCGCACCCUGAGUCCAACAUCGCGAUUCGUAAGGAGGCGAACAUCACGUACCUCCUGCAGCACUUGGCGGAAGAUCUUGCCACCCCGGUGUUUCAGAUCGACCGUUCAUCCAAGCACUGCAAAACGCCGCGACGCAACGCAGAGGUCGAGGAGCUGCUUUCCUACCUGCAGACUUUAGCACCUUGGGUCAGCAAGGUGACACAGUACCUAGCUGAACUGCAGCAGAAAGUCGUCAAAGCAGCGACUGCAAACGUUUUUGGCGGCCAUGUUCUGGUGCCUUCUUUGCCGCUUUUCGUGAAUGGCAGUGCUCAGGCCACAGAACCUGCCGGGAGAAGCGAUGCUUUGGUGUUGCUUUGCGGUGACGUGGGUUCUGACGCUGGUCCCGUGCUUUCUGCGGAAGAUUGCAAUUGA